CCAUUGGUCCGCACGCGGCCGACUGCACGAGAGUAGGGGAACUUUUGGAGUGAACGGGCAGAUGAGUUCAGUGUGUGAGUUGGCCGUCUGACAACAAGUGGUUUUCCGCUGAGAACUAUUUCACCGCUCGGAGGAGACGCAGCUGCUCAGUGUCUUCGGUGUGUCUCGCUGACAAAGUAAUGACUGACAGAUUUGUGAUUUAGGAGAGAAGUGCUCGUCCGCUGCCGUGUUUUGUGUCCCGGAUGCGUCGCGAGUAAUUAGCUGAUUUGCAUCACCCGGCGCUCCCGGUUCAAUCUGCGGGGAAACCUGGCCACACGUCGCCAGGUGGACGGCGAUUCAACUUUUCUCUAACUCACCUCCACUUCACCGCACCUGUCCAACAUGUACAGCAUGAUGGAGCACGAGCUGAAGCCCACCGGCCAGCCCCCUUCUCACCAGACCUCCCAGGGGAUGUCACCGGUCACCGGCAACAUGACCGGGAGCAUGGGCACCAACGGCAACUCUCACCCGAGCUCCAAAACGGCGUGUGCUCCCGGUGUGGACCCCAUGGAUAAAGUCAAGCGGCCCAUGAACGCUUUUAUGGUGUGGUCCCGGGGCCAGAGGCGCAAGAUGGCUCAAGAAAACCCCAAAAUGCACAACUCCGAGAUCAGCAAGAGGCUCGGAGCGGAGUGGAAGCUCCUCACCGACGCCGAGAAGCGGCCUUUCAUCGACGAGGCCAAGCGGCUCCGGGCGGUCCACAUGAAGGAGUACCCCGACUACAAGUACAAGCCCCGCCGCAAGACCAAGCCGCUGCUGAAGAAGGACACUCAGGUGGGCAAGUACCCGCUGUCAGCCGGGAACCUGCUGGCGGCGGCGCAGGGCCAAGGUGGCAGCCCGAGGAUGGACAGCUACGGCUGGGGCCCCACCGGCGGCUACGCCGGCAUGCAGGGCGAGGCGCUCGGCUACACCCAGCAGCUGCACCGGUACGACCUGUCAGCGCUCCAGUACCCACCUGCCAUGACGGCGGCGCAGACGUACAUGAACGGAGCCAACUCAUACAGCCCCAUGUCCUACAGCAGCAGUCCCCAGCAGCCCAGCCCCGUCACCAUGUCCAUGGUGAAAGCAGAACCCGUGUCCCACUCGCCUCCGACAGGGACGCCCAACCACCACCGGGGCCCUCUGCAGGGCGACCUCAGGGACAUGAUCAGCAUGUACAUUCCCGGCCCAGGCGGGGACGCCGGCGACCCCACAGCAGCACAGAGGGGCUACACCAGCGUCCAGCAGCACUACCUCACCGGAACCGUCCCGCUCACACACAUCUAGGACUGGAAGUGGGA